AAGAAAGAAAAUAGUUCUCUUCUUCUUCUUUUUCUUCUUCUUCCGUGCUUAUCCCACAUACACUCAAAUUUCAAUCUCCUUCCUGUCUCCCUCUCCUAUGAUAGACAGUCCCGUGAGCCCCUACGGCUUGCCUGCGCCCCUCCCGCCGCCACCGCCAUCGCCUUCAUUGCCUCACAAGUCCAACCUCCCCAUGCUCUAUUACGGCCUCGUUGUGGUGGGGACUGCUGCAGUGGUUCUGGCAGUGUACAACCUCAUCAUAAUCAAGUGGUGCACCCAUCGCUCGUCUGCCUCAGCCCAGGCCGGCCCACGGUUCGUGGAGCUCACGGGCGGUUCCCAGAGCUUUGAGCACCCCGGUCGGAACCUCCUCUCGAGCUUCAAGUACAAGAAGGAGGCGGCACAGGAGAACGGCGAGCUAGAGUGUGCGGUGUGCCUGUCGGUGGUGGAGGAUGGGGAAGAGAUCCGGCGUUUGCCACGGUGCAAGCACACAUUCCAUGUCUCAUGUAUAGAUAUGUGGCUUUACUCUCACUCGGACUGCCCGCUCUGCCGUGCUCCGGCAGUCCCUCCACUGUCCCGCGGGUUGCGGGAACCUGCAAACUCGCCGGAGAACUCCCGGGAAGGGUUGUUGCCACGCUCCAUCGCCAUGACAUUUUGAGUUCUCAGACUGUUCUCUUCCAUUUUCCAUUUUUGUCUGUAUUGUAUUCUCGUAUAAUUCUGACAGCGCAAAAUUCCACAGCAUCCGGUUAGUUGUUUGCCGUUCGUUC